GGGUGUGCGAUUUGCGAGUCGUAACCAAUCAGAGCGGACCUUGCACUCGCGUCGCGAAGGCGUCCUCGCAUUGCAGCGGUUGCGGUGGAAUUAGCAGUGACUCAGAAAUAAUUGAUUUCUGCAGUUUUCUGCUCGCAAAUAUGGGACAUUUCACGACGACAAUUACGUGUUUAUCUCUUUACCUGUGUUUGUGUGGAGCCGCAGCCUACGUUGAGUCAGUGGCUGGAAGUGUGGACCCCGACCUGGGUCACUUUCAGCCCAUGGUGGCUUUGCUGUGUGACCAUGGCAAGGUACACAACCAGUACCUGACUGAAGGCCAACGAUGGGUGUCAGACCCUGACCCCAAGGCUGUGUGCACCAAGGAGAGGCUCGAGAUCUUGGAGUACUGUCGGAAGGUGUACCCCAAGCGUGACAUCCGCAACAUCGUAGAGAACAUGCAUUAUUUCAAGAUCAGUGGCUGGUGUAAGGUGGGACAAAAGCGUUGCAAGGGCACGCACUGGGUGAAACCAUUCCGCUGUCUGGAAGGGCCAUUCCAGAGUGACGCUCUGCUUGUUCCUGAGCACUGCCUCUUCGACCACAUUCACAACCAGAGUGUCUGCCAGAGCUUUGACCAGUGGAACCGAACUGCAGCCCACAGUUGCCAGGCACGGAGCAUGCGGCUGCGCAGCUUCGCUAUGCUCCUGCCCUGUGGUGUGGACAUAUUCUCGGGUGUAGAGUUUGUCUGCUGUCCAAAAGAAGAUAAGCCUAGUCGGACAUCAAAGGAUGAAGACAAGAGCAGUGAUGCCUCUAGUGAAGACGCAGACUAUUAUUAUGAUGAUGACUACAGCGAUGAAGAUGCGGAAGAAACUACUACAGCACUUCCAACAACCACUACAACUGAGCGCCCUGUGGAAUUCUACUUCAGUCAUUUUGACAGCAAGCAUGAGCAUGAAUCUUUUAAAGAAGCUCAGCGUACACUUGAAGAGGGUCACAGGGAAAAAGUCACCAAGGUUAUGAAAGAGUGGAGUGAACUGGAAGAACAUUAUCAACAGAUGAAACAGAAGGACCCUAAGGGAGCUGAGGAGUUCAGAAAGAAAAUGAGUGCGAGGUUUCAGAAGACCGUAGAGGCAUUAGAGGAAGAAGGAGCAGCUGAGAAGCGCCAACUUUCUGCCAUGCAUCAGCAGAGGGUCCUUACCAUUAUCAACAUGAGGAAAAAGUCUGCUAUGGACUGUUACACAAAAGCUCUGGAACAGGCACCACCCAAGACCAAGAAAAUCGAAAAAUGUCUGGAGAAAUUGCUGCGCGCCCUGGAGAAGGACCGUACUCACACCCUGCACCACUAUCGUCACCUUCUCAGCUCCAAUGGCAAGCAAGCAGUACAAGAAAAGGGAUCCCUCUUAGAGCACCUGAACAAUUUGCAGCAGGUGGCCAAUCAGAGCAUCGCUAUGCUUGACAAGGUCCCAUCAGUGGCAGAUAAAAUCAGAGAUCGCAUGUUGACCCUGUGGCACAGUCUGCGAGGGCUCACAUCAGACUCGGCUGCGCUCUCAGACGAAGCCAUCUUGGAUCGUUACCAGGAGGAAAUUGAUAAAAGGCAGAAAGAACGUGAUCGCCAACACAAGGCUGAAGCUGAGCGGCGUCAGCAGCUGAAGGAGAUGCAAGAGGAAAAGAAACGUGUAGAGGCAAACCACGGUGGUCAUUUGGAACGGGAGUUUGACUCAGAGUCCAUGGAGGAUGAAAGCGUGAUGCCCAAGUCCACAGCUCCUUCUACCACUAGCAAGGCCUUUGGUGGACCUCUGAGCAAUGCAAUUAGCCAUGAACAGCUCCCAACUCCAAAGGUGGCCCACGUGCAGAAUCAUCUUUUCCACCAAAACGAAGCUGGCUAUUCAAUCCACAAAGAGGGCAUGCAGAAGUUCAAGUGGAAUGGCAGUGUGUACAUAACCCUGGCAUUUGCUGGAGUGGCCCUGCUCACAGCGAUGAUAGUUGGAGUGGUCCUUCUGCGUCGUCACGCCCAACGCUCCCCACAGAGCCAGGGCUUUGUUGAGGUGGACCAGACAGCCAGCCCAGAAGAGAGACAUGUGGCUAACAUGCAGAUCAAUGGCUAUGAAAACCCUACUUACAAAUAUUUUGAGAGCCACACCAACUGAGCCCCAUCACACUUUUGUUGACGGUUCUUUCUUGCUGCAACACUGCAAGAGCCUUAUUCUAAACGACACAAUGCUUCUCAACUACCAGCUCAGUGCCGGGCUUCUUUUUUUCACUGUCACACUUUCAGUUGAUUUCCCAUUCCCAAACCAAGACUAGGCAAGUAGUUGAGAACAAAUCAAGUAUGUGACGUGAACUGAUCCCCGCUGUUGCGUGCGCUUCGCUCGUACGAUGGCGUUUACCAAAUUGUAGCGCAUUUGUUUCGAGGGGAUGCACUCCAAGUAGAGGUCUGUAGAGUACUUUAGGUUAAAGCUUCAUCUCUACAAUGAAGGCUAGGCCAAGCCAUUAUUUAUGCCCAUUUUGUUGCUGCAGCUAACAUUCUGCAUUUAUUUUAUGUGUUCCUUUUUGAGUUUAAGGGACGGCGUCACAGUCUUCUUUCAAUAACGACCUCCAUUCCACUGCUCUGACUUCUUGCUACCUGCACUGCACUUGUCCUUCUCAAGAAUAGUUGAGAACUUGUUUUACAGCAAUGUAAAAAGAGAGAGAGAAAAAGUCUUUAGCAAAGGUAGUACGGAGCAUCAAUUUGAAACGUGGCAAGAGACCAAGGAUUUCAAGAAAAACGGCAAACGAGGAGAAGCCAGCAGUUGAGGCACCAUUACAACUACGUAUUAAUAUAGUCAGAAUAUUUACCACAUUUGCGCAGCUGAGCUUGGCUGGCGUGUACUUGAGGUCUGAGCGUGUACAUUACUGUCGUAACCCCACCACAACAUUUCCUUCUCAUAUAUUCAAUGUCCGUUAUUGGCACACAAGCUCGGUAAUUUUCCUCUUGGUGACAAUACUAGAGCCGAUAAUUGUUUUUGUAGGUUUUAGAAAAGCACUGCAACAGAAAUGUGUCACAAAGUUUUUUAUGGUAUGUAUAUAUUGAUAUACGAUACUGGAGAGCAAAAAUGCGUUGUGCACGCAUAGUUUUAACCUCCAUUUCUUUCUGAAGGUGUGUUUUUGUACAGUUAUUAUGUAGUGCCUACAUUUGCAUGUGCCAUUGCAUCUGUUUCUUGUGAAUACGUCAUGUUGACCACCACCUACUUAACCCGAUGUUCUCCGUGAAAGGUUUAGUUAGUGUGCAGUGUCCACAUGAGGAAACACACACAAAUAUGGCGUAGGCCUUGUUUUUCCAUUUGUGCCAUUUUUUGAGUCGCAUAAUGUUACAGAGAUUACAUGUAGGCAUAACUCUGCUUACUGCAUUUUGAAAUUAAACAGGUGUGCAUAAGGGGUACUCUUACUGAUAAUAUCCUAGGCUCGUUACUUUUACUCGUUAAUUGUGUUACUUUUAAUACAAGAUGUGCCUGUUGGGUGUAGCAUAUAAUGCUAUUUGUGUGUGCUUCCUAGAAUGCCAGUUUAACUUCAAUGUCAGACCCUUAAAGCAUAGCUACAGCUUCUGAAAAAUAACUGUGGUUUGUGAUCACAUUUGUCAUUGUCUCUGUGAACAUAUCACACGUCUCGAUUGGUCAGCAUUUCUUUUUAUUACUAUUACGUUUCGUAUGUCUCUUCUUUUAGUUGGUGCUUUCCAUACUUGCUGGAUAGCCGUUAUUCAAUUUGCAUAGACUCGUGAGUUUCUUGGAACAGCAGGUCACAUAAUGUAACCAAGUAUGCAUGUACAUGUUCUUGGAUGGACAAAUUGAAAUAAAUUUGCAACCAGGUCUACAAUUUA